AUGAAGCUGCUGCUGCUGCUGGGUCUGGAGCUGACUCUAGUCUGUGUCCACACAGAAGGACAAACUGGUGCCAUCGGAAAGAGCUUUACUCCAGAAAAGAUUGAGGGAGAAUGGUAUUCUGUUGGCUUGGCCUCCGAUAAAAGAGAAAUAAUAGAAGAACAUGGCAGCAUGAGAAUUUUCGUGGAGCACAUCCAUGUCUUCAAGAAUUCUUCCUUAGCCUUUCAUUUCCAUACUGUGAUAAAUGGGGAGUGCACCGAGCUGUAUUUAGUUUCUGACAAAACAGAAAAGGAUGGUGAAUAUUAUGUCAAAUAUGAUGGAGACAAUAUCUUUAAUGUACUUGCUACAGACUAUGAUGAUUAUAUUAUAUUUCAUCUCAGAAAUAUCAACAAUGGGGAAACGUUCCAGCUAAUGGAGCUCUAUGGCCGGAAACCAGAGUUGAGUUCAAACAUCAAGGAAAAGUUUGUGGGUCUAUGCAAGGAGAAUGGAAUUGUUGAGGAGAAUAUAUUGGACCUAACUGGGGCUGAUCGCUGUCUCCAGGCCCGAGAUGGAGGAGAGGCCUGA